CCUUCAAGAUCCAUAAACAUAAUCUUAAGUCUUUAACAUUUCUUUCCUCCGAAAAUGUCUUGUGCUUUCUUCGUGGUUUUGUUCUACUUUCUCCUCCUCCUCCUCCUAACCCCUCCUCCAAUGGCAACAAAUUCCGCGGCCGUGGUUGCAGGUGCCACGAGGCCUUUAUUAGAAUCAAAAUCCGGAGAGACGGUUAUGUUUAAGCCGAAAAGACAUGGUUUUGGUUAUGGGAAUGUGAAGAAUUGCAUGCCAAAAGGAUUUCACCAUACUUCUGCGCCUAGUCGCUACAUAAAUCAGAAUGUUUUCGGCUCUGCUGUGUGUUCCACAGGCACGGAUGUGGCUAGUCCAUGACAAAUAUAUUAUGUGUAUGAUGUCUGAGGUCGGUGACCGAUUUUAUAGUUAUGGAUUAAUACAAGAUAAACUAAGAAGAAAAUGGAGAUGCAAGUCUACACCAAAAGAUAUAUAAAAAAAAUUAUUUGAA